GAUUGCGCGCUCUGUGUGUACCGCCUUUUGGGACAACAAGCAAACAUCACCCCCAGGACAUGCUCAGUAGAGUGCGAGGGCAGCCUGGACACCCUGAAGCUCCGCCUCUGCCAAGACGUCCUAUUGGAGGAAGACGUGCUCGCCCUCGACAACGGCAAACAGGAAGCGGCGGGGGCGGAGCACCAGCUGGUGAAGAAAUACGGCGGCUUCAUGAAGCGUUACGGCGGCUUCAUGACCAGGCGGUCUCCCGCGGCAACAGGUGGUGACUCGAACGCGGCGACGGAGGAGGGAGGGGCGCGCGGAGACGGGAAGAGCCAGGAACAGGAAGAGGACAUCCGCCUGGAGAUCCUGAAGAUCCUGAACGCAGAGGCGGAGGGGGCAGGGCUGAGGGCGGGGGAGGAGUCUAAGCGCUACGGGGGGUUCAUGAGGCGAGGGGGUGGAGACUUGGGUCUGGGGGAGGGGCUUCUAGAGGAAGGGGCGGGGCGGGGGCUGAAGAAGCGCUAUGGGGGGUUUAUGAGGAGGGUGGGGCGACCUGAGUGGCUGGAGGAUUCCAAGGGCUCCGGGGGGGUUCUGAAGAGAGCCUGGGAGGAGGGGGGGGGAGGGGGUCCUGGGGGAGAUCCAGAAGAGGUACGGGGGAUUCAUGGACUAGGGGAGACACGCCCCCUUCCUCCUCUUCCCCCCACCUCCCACUUCCUCCCCUUGUCAUCAGCCCUCACUUUCCCCCCCCUUCUCUAACCCCCGCCCCUCCCCUCUUACCUCCUUCUCUCCCCUCCCCUCUAACCUCUUCCCCCCUUUCUUCCUCCCCCUCCUCCUCCCCUCCUCCUCUCUCCUACCUCCCC